AAUUCAUCAAACAUCCAGUCUACAGCCAUGCCUUUGGCAGCGAUUUGUGUUCUGCUGGUAACUUCAGCAUGGGCAGUAGUUUUUGAUCGAGAAGCACCAAUUACCUCGUAUGCUUCCAAGCAAGAUCGACAACUGUAUAAUAAUGCACAGAACACUGUUGAGGGAAGUUCAAAUCAGUGGCCUAUGGACUCCCAAAAGUACCAAAAUGCUCCGAAUGAUCAAAUACACUCUCCACAUUAUGCAGUAGAUGUUCAAACUUAUCCUGGAAUACCAAACUAUGGAUACCGUACACUUCCACCUUAUAUUCCUUAUAACCGAGGGCAGCAAGGGGAUCCACCUUAUAAUCCCUCUCAAUGGUCGCCAGUUUAUCCUACUCAACCACCAGAAUACGGUAGAUUUUCUCCGCAGUGGUCGCAAAAUCUACCCUCGCAAUAUGGUUAUCUUCCCGGCUCCCUUUUUAUACCUCUUUUCCCAAAUUUGAGCAUUAACUUUCACCCUGAUGAACAAUCUGGAAAAUCCACAACUCAAGAUGACUGGAAUAGCUAUCAAAAAGAUACAAUCUACAAUAAGAAAGACGCAUGCACACAUAAGAUGAUGCAAAACAUUGAGGAAUACCAACCGAAUCUUGAUUAG